UGUUUCUGAAGUUGCUUAAAAACCAAUGAAGAAUCCACUUGGGCAUGCGCGUUAAAAUAAACGUCGGCGUGAUCCUUCCUUACGCUGCGGAGUUGAUAAUUGGGAAGGAUCUACUUUAAAUACCUGUCUAGAUUAGACUGGGCCAGGUGUAUCUGCGUGUUUGAGUCCAUUAUCUUGCAAAGAUGGAUUUCCAGCAUCGAGCUGGAGGGAAGACGGGUAGCGGUGGCGUGGCGUCUGCCUCUGAGAGUAACCGUGACAGAAGGGAGCGGUUGCGUCAGCUGGCCCUGGAGACAAUUGACAUUAACAAAGAUCCAUAUUUUAUGAAAAAUCAUUUAGGCUCCUAUGAGUGCAAGCUUUGCCUAACCCUUCACAACAAUGAGGGCAGCUACUUGGCUCACACACAAGGAAAGAAACAUCAGACCAACUUAGCACGGAGAGCUGCCAAAGAGGCAAAAGAUGCUCCUGCUCAGCCAGCUCCAGCGAAAGUGAAAGUUGAGGUCAAGAAGUUUGUCAAAAUUGGUCGACCAGGAUACAAAGUAACCAAACAGAGGGACCCAGAGACUGGACAGCAGUCCUUACUUUUCCAGAUUGACUACCCAGAGAUAGCUGAAGGAAUUGGACCCAGGCAUCGUUUCAUGUCUGCAUAUGAGCAGCGCAUUGAGCCUCCCGAUCGUCGCUGGCAGUACUUGCUGCUGGCUGCUGAGCCAUACGAGACUAUUGCCUUCAAGGUCCCCAGUAGAGAAAUUGACAAAGCAGAAAACCGCUUCUGGACCCACUGGAACAAAGAAACUAAACAGUUCUUCCUGCAGUUUCACUUCAAAAUGGAGAAAGCCAUUCCCCAGUCCAGUGGGCCAGCACCACCUGCAGGUGUGAAGCGGCCCCCUCCUCUUAUGAGUGGAGUUGGGCCUCGCCCACCAAAUGAGUCUAUGCCCCCUCCCCCACCAGGAGGGAUGCCUGUCCCCCCUCUACCACCUGGUGCGCCAGGUGUGCCCCAGAUGCCUCCUCAGAUGCCCUUACCCCCUAUGCCAAUGAGGCCACCACCUCCCGAGGGCCUUACAAUGUCUAGUAAUUGAUCCCAUACCAGUGGAUUAUUAUUGUUUUUUUAAUGAUCUGCAGUCACACUGCCCUGCCUGAAGAGAUGUCCAUUGUACUUUAGAUAUUUAGUACAUUCAGUUAUAUUUCUUCAGAUGAUGUUUAAAGUCCAAAUUAAGUACAUUUUGUACAUCUUUUUCUUUAUGUAAAUGCAUUGGGCAGUCUUAUUGUAAUAGUACAUAAGUGACCAUGUUUUCUAUAAAUGCUUUAGGACAUGGAGCUGUGAUUGGAAAAUGGUUCAUCUUCUACCAUUCUGUUUUUAUAAUUAAAUGCUGUG